UAAACCAGAUACACUGCUAAAGCAAGUUUUACAGUACUGUAAUGUAUCAAUCUUGCCGCUUUCGAUUUUCAAAUCUAUAAGCUUUUGAAGAUCUCUAAUCUCUUCUAUUCUAGGGUUUCUCUUUCUCUUUCUCUUUCUCUGUACUCUCUCCGUUUCUUGCUUUUGUGGACGCCGCCUUGAAUUCAAAAACCCCUAAUCUGCUGUUUCAACGUUCUGCAGGUUCCUGAAAAUGGAGCCCGUAGCUUUGGCUGUGGACAAACUGAAAUCUUUUGCAAAAUCGAGCCAAGACUUCGUCCACACCCUCACUCAUCGCCCCGAGAAUUCAUCUAGCCGCAAUCCGAUUGAAAUUCUGAAGCGGUUGCAACGUGAAGCAUUUGCCGAUUUGAUGAAACUCAGAAACAGACAAGACAAGGUUGAGAGAAUACUUUCUAUCUGUAAGACAUCCAAGGGAAAUCCAUUCCAAGAAUCCAGUACCCUUGUAAGAGGAGAGGUUGAUUUCUUAGGGGCUUUGUUGAUCAUGGAUAAAGUUGAUGAGCAGAACUGCGAUGCACUUUCUAGAGCGGGAAUCAGGACUGGAAUUGAUUCAAGGUUCACAUUUGAAACAACUAUUGGGCCAAAAGAUACUCUUGCUGCAGAGUUUGUGGCCAGUCAAAAAGGCAAGGGAUAUCUUGGAGAGGUUUUAGGACAGUCUCUUUCUCUUGAAAAAGUGUUAUACAAGACAAAUUCUAGUGACUGGAUAUCAGCUGUUGCAAUCCCAGUAGGAGCGCAAUGCAGAGAUGUAGCAAUCACUCCAAUUUCUUCCCAUCGGGGAAAGGGCCUUACGGAUUUAUCAUCACUUGGACCUCCCCUUUUGAAUCAGCAUAGUGGCAGUGGCAUUGGCAUAAAAGUGAGAAAAUCAAAUAUUGUUGCUUCAUUGGCACAAUUUGUUUCUGGAUUGGGAAUGCAAGCAGGUUCUGAUAGUAUGGGGCAUUGCUUCAGCACUUUUGGACAAGUUGUCUGUGAACUUCCACGGGGAAUAAAACUCUCGCUUUUGGGUCUUCAUCAAGUGCCUAGAUCAUUAAGCCAACACGUUAGUCUUGGACCCCUUACCAUUCCUGUAGGCCUUUUAGAACAUCAUAGAGCUCCCGAGAUGGUGGUUGAAACAUCUGCCCCAGCCAUGAUAGAAAGCACACAGGAACAUGUUUCAACUGGGUGUGUUGCUUUAACGUUGGAGUCAGAAAUUGAUGGGUUUACGAGAAUUGAAGGUUGGAUUGAGAUGCAAAAAUCAAACCCUGAAUGUUUACAAUGGGCUGUCAAUAUGUCUGAUGAUUCUGAAGAUUCUUUUGGAUGGGGAAUGAGCUUAAGUGGAAUGGUUGGAGGUCCGACAAGCGGAGACCAUUUUCAGGCUGAAUCCUAUUUAAAAGUUAACUUAGGUAAGAGAUUCAGCUUGAAACCAGGCCUUGCAUAUAUUGCAGAUGGGAAUUCCAAAAUAACUGCCUUUAUGCUUCGGUCUAAUUGGUCCCUCUGAUGACCAUUUUCAGCCUAGUUAUCAUUUUCUCAAUUUUGGGUUAGAUUUUCCGUUCAAAUUCUAUAAGCAAGGUCAUUAUUUUCUCAGCAGGUAUCUAUUCUGAUACAGUUCUAGUUAAUCAUGGGAAAUGGUUUGAGGAGACCAUGUUGCAAGUUCCCCUGGGGUCCAUCCUUCAAAUAAUUAAAUAUUAGCAGUAAUUUUUUUGGGCUUAA